AUGCCCAAAAGAAUUCUCGUCUCGUACGGUGUCGACGUUGAUGCAGUAGCCGGCUGGCUCGGUUCAUACGGCGGCCAGGAUUCUCCUAGCGACAUCUCACGAGGUCUCUUCGCCGGUACUCAUGGCGUUCGUCGCAUGCUCAAGCUCUUCAAGAAGUAUGAUAUCAAGGCGACAUGGUUUAUACCCGGUCAUAGUCUCGAGACAUUCCCAGAAGAGUGCGCAAUGGUUCGCGAUGCCGGUCAUGAGAUCGGGCUUCACGGCUACUCUCACGAAAACCCAUCAGACAUGACCCUCGAGCAGCAGCGCGAUGUUCUAGACAAGACUCAUAAAAUGCUAACCGAAUUCUGCGGGAAACUGCCCCGAGGAUCUGUUGCUCCUUGGUGGGAGACUAGUAAAGAGGGCGUUGAUCUGAUGCUUAGCUAUGGCAUUGAAUACGACCACUCUAUGUCCCAUGAUGAUUGUCAUAUGUAUUGGCUGCGAACGAAUGACAGCUGGACUAAGAUCGAUUAUACACAAAAGGCUGAGACGUGGAUGAAGCCUUUAGUCAAGGGCCAGGAAACAGGUCUUGUCGAAAUCCCGGCAAACUGCCUUCCACCGAUGAUGUUCGUCAAGAAAAGCCCCAACAGCCACGGCUGGGUCAACCCACGAGACGUUGAAGAGCUAUGGAGAGAUCACUUUGAUUACUUCUAUCGAGAGUACGCAGACGACCCGGACGAGAUCUGUGUCUUUCCCAUAACGGUCCAUCCCGAUGUGUCUGGCCGACCACAUGUGCUCCUAAUGCAUGAGAGACUUAUUGAGUAUAUCAACAAGCACGAGGGCGUUGAAUGGGUGACUAUGGAACAGAUGUGUGAUGAGUUUAAGAAGAAGAACAAGCCACCUAAGGGCGCUGUGAUGCCUAAGGCUCAGCAAUAG